AUGACUCCUGAUGAUUUCCAACUAGCCACCAUGCCUAAACUCACGGUUCCUUUUCAUGAUCAUCCUAUGUCAAGUUCUUAUUGUAUUUUUUUGGAAUCUUGCUCUUUGUGCUCUUUCUCUAAGAACUCUUCAUGGCUAAGAAGAAGUGUUACUUGUAUCAGUUACGAGUGUACGGAUUGUGGCUUGACGUUGCACAAAGAAUGCGUUGACCACCUCUUCCUCAACCGGCCAUUUCUAUGCAAUCACGUUCUCAAGAUCUACCGUAAUACCUUCGCGUGGCCUGACCCUGACCGUAAAGACGACCUUUCUUGUCAUUUUUGUCGACGUAAGCUUACGUCUUUCUUUGCUCGGCUACGUAAUCUUCCGUCUUUCUUUGCUCGUUGCACGAUAUGCAACAUAAACGUGGAUAAAAAAUGUUUAAUGGCAUUGGGACCACCACUCGCAAUUUUCGAACCAAAACACCACGAGCAUAGUCUCACCCUCUUGUUAAGGUUAGUCACCUUUACUUGUAAUGCUUGUGGUGUGGUAGAUGACCGCAAUCCUUACGUAUGUCUUGAAUGCAAUUUGAUGGUCCACAAAGAGUGUGUUCAGAAUCUACCGCGAGUCAUAAGCAUAAAUCGUCAUGACCAUCGCAUAUCUCAUACUUUUCACCUUGGUCAAGGAGAAGGAGAUUGGGAGUGUGGAGUUUGUCGGAAGACGAUCAAUUGGGUCUAUGGAGGUUAUAAAUGCUCUCGUUGUCCUAGUUAUGCCGUUCAUUCAAGAUGUGCAACAAGAUACGAAGUGUGGGAUGGUUUAGAGCUCGAAGAUGUGCCCGAAGAAGAAGAAGAAAUCGAAGAUCCAUUCAAGGUAAUUAAUGAAAAGGGAGAUAUCAUUCAUUUUAGUCAUGAAGAGCAUGUUCUCAGAUUGGACGAGAUUUAUGUAACGGAUGAUGCUAACAUGCGUUGUCGGUGUUGCGUUCUUGCUAUCAACGGUGACCCAUGCUACAGAUGCGUUGAAUGUGAUUUCAUCCUUCACAAAGCGUGUGCGAAUCUUCCUCGAAAAAUGCGACAUUUAUUGCAUAAGCAUAAACUCACUCUUUCAUCGACAGGUAACCGUUUUUUGAGAUGUAAAGCUUGUGACAUAAAAACUAAUGGUUUCAUUUACGAGUGUCUUCAUGAAGGUUGCAAAAGUAUUAGUUUUACGUACGAUGUUCGGUGUAGUUCUGUAUCGGAACCGUUUCACCAUGAUCUGCAUCAACAUCCCUUAUAUUUUACGUUGGAGAAAACCAAUAAAUGUCACGCUUGUAAAAGAAAAAUAGAUUGGAAUCCCUUGAAUUGUACGGUUUGUGAUGAUUACUCUUUAUGCACGAGGUGCGCUGCUUUACCAAGAAAGGUAAAACACAGAUGUGAUGAUCAUUAUCUGUCACUAUGUCAAGGUGUGGGAAGUGCAAGUGGUGACUUGUGGUGUGAUAUUUGUGAGACAAAGACAGACCCGAGUGUAUUUUACUAUACUUGUGAUGAUUGUGGGCUAAGUCUCCAUAUUGAUUGUGUACUUGGGGAUUGCUAUUAUACCAAAGUCGGAUGCCCAGGUCCUAGGAUGGAAGUACAUCCUAACAAUGGUGCUACUCGACCUAUCUGCACCAAGUGUGAAUUACGUUGCAAGUUCCCCUUCUUCAUAAAGGGUACAGAAGAAGAUCUUGGUAUUUGGUAUUGUUCAAAAGAUCUCUGCCCAAAGGAGUUUAAUUUUGCAGUUUCACCUUAUAGAUUCGCUCUCGACAUCGGACUUCGGGACUGGGACUUGAGAGUCUUUUAA